AUGUCAGACUCCCAAUGGCUUUGGGAUCCCUUGAGUAUCUGUGAAAUGGGGCCCCUUAGGGUAACUAAGACCUGUUGUGGUAUUACCAAGAAAGGAGAUGCUUGCAAGCUGAUCGUGAAGAAAGAGACCCUCAAAGAAGGUCGCCACAAGUUGAACAACCUAGCACGACGCCCAUUUGUUCUUUCUACACUUGACUCCCAGCUAAGCGACCUUGUGUCACUCUUCCUCUGCAAACAAUGGCAUCGAGAGCGUCAGCACAUUGAUGUUAAACAGCGGUGGUUCGAUGCAGCCGUGCGUAAUCAGGCCGAUGCACAAGAAGCCCCACGCCAGCGUUUUCCACAAAUUAUCCCGGAAGAAAUCGACGGAUCGCAACAGGAACCAGCCAGCACAGCCUUAGAGAUAGAUGAGUUUGCUCCUAUAUGGGGUGUUGAUACGGCUUUCCCAAGGCUUCCUGCGUCCACAUGGCUAGAGGUGUCUCGGCCUCCUGGUCGGGAUAUUACACCGGGUAUGCUCACAAUGAAUCGCGUGCCGUGGGAUAUUUCACGGGAUACUCCAGCCAUUUUAUCUAUCCAAAAUGAAUACGGUGGACUGCACUCCCUCCAGAUUCACAUCGUUCGCCAAGAGUCCUGUCCAGAUGGUGAGAGGUGCCCAAUUUGCUUCGAGGGCGAUAGCGACGAUCUCAGGGCUGGCUCGUCCAUCGUUUACCAGGAAACAACACCUCUUGCCCAAUACAUCGAUGUCAUGGAUCGUUCAGCGCUCUCUUACGCUCGUCGGCCGUUGAAAAUACUACUGGCGAGUCGACAGCAGAAACACCUCUCGAUACCGCAAACACACUAG